AUGGAUGCCCAAACAAUCAAUUAUUUAAACUCACUGCCUACUGACUAUUGGAUCCAACAAGAAGCUUUCACCAAGACACUUCAUCGCGACGAGUACGAUGCUAUCGAUCCCACCUCACCGUCCCUUUCUCAAGCGGGCAAGGUGAUUGUGGUUACGGGUGCGAGCCAGGGAAUUGGGAAAGAGGGCAUCGUUAGACAAUUUGCCCGGGCAAAACCAAAAGCAAUCGUGAUUGCGGCUAGGAACGCGGAUAAAUUGGAGGAAACCGAGGCUUUGGCGUUAGGUAUCGAACCUACCGUGGAAAUUGUUAGAGUUCCUACGGAUGUUACAAGUGAAGAUUCGGUCAAAAAUCUGUUUGAUAUCAUACAGCAAAAGUUUGGCAAGGCGGACGUGCUGGUUAACAAUGCUGGGGUGAGCGUUGGCCAUACGACCGUGGAUAUGAUGGAACUUGACGAUUAUUGGCAAAACUUUGAAGUGAAUGUGAAAGGGGUACUGCUCAUGACUAAAUAUUUCUUGCGCCUCCUGGGUGACGCUAGAGGGUCAAUAGUCAAUAUCUCCUCACAAGCAGCAUGGAAUGAACCCGAAGUAUCGGCUGGUUACUGCUUGUCAAAAUUGGCUAUUGUAAAGCUAUGUCGACAGAUGUCCGGGCGCCCCAAUCUGACGGUAGUUGCACUACAUCCCGGUACCAUCAAGUCUGAUAUCGUACCCGAAUUCUUUUUGCGUUUCGCUGAAGACACCCCAGCACUGGCCGGAGGUACGGCGGUCUGGCUGACUACCGAAGAGGCCCGUUUCAUGAGUGGUCGGUUUAUGAGCGCAAAUUGGUGCGUUAAGGAGUUGGUCUCCCGCAAGGAUGAGAUUGAGCAGGGAGGGCUUUGUAAAGUGGGCAUGAUUGGCACUGUUGGACUAGAUCAGUUUAAAUAG